AUGAUUGGUUCUAUGUUUUCAGGUUAUUUCCAAGCUGCAGUUUAUAAAAAUUUAAAUGGUAAAAAUGGUAUUGAAGGUUGGAGAUGGUUAUUUAUUAUUGAUUUCAUUGUUACAAUCCCUGUUGCAAUUUUAGGUUAUAUUGUAUUAAUUCCAAAUAAUGCAAAAAAAGUUUGGUGGUUAACAUCUGAAGAACUUCAAUUAUCAAAAGAUCGUAUGAAAUUUAGAGGUGAAAAACCAAAUGAUGUUUGGGAUUGGAAAGCUGUUAAAAGAAUUUUAUCAUCAUGGCAAUUUUGGGUUUUCCCAAGUGCUUAUGUUUUAUGGGAUCUUUCAGGUCAAGGUGGUUCUUAUUUUGCAAUUAUUAUGAAAGGUUUAGGUGGUUAUUCAGUUUAUCAAAUUAAUACAAUUCCUACUAUUCAAUCAGUAUUUAGAAUUAUAACUUCAUUGGCUUCAGGAUUUAUAAUUGAUAUUACAGCGAAAAGAUGGCAUAGUUUCCUUGGUCUUAUGAUUUUAUGGUUAAUUGGAUUAUCUAUAGUUGUUGCCUGGGAUGUUUCAAGAGCUGGAUUAUUUUUUGGUAUCAUAUUAUUAGGUGUUUCAACUCCAAUAUCUCCAUUAUUUGCAGGUUGGAUUAAUCAAUCAGCUCAAGAAGAUGUCCAAUUGAAAACUGCUACAAUGAGUGUUAUGAAUUUAUUUUGUUCUUUAUUAGAAAUCCCAUGGAAUGUUAAAUUAUUUAAUACAGAUUAUGCACCAAGAUAUUAUAAUGCUUAUAGAUGGUGUUUGGGAUUAAAUUCAAUAUUAUUAUUAUACGUACCAUUAAUUUUAUUAUUUGAUAGAUAUCAAAAUAGGAAAAGAGGGUUAUAUAAAAUUGAAACUACAAAAUCAGAUGGAUCAAUAACAGUUAGAGGAUUUUUUGAUGAAGAAGAAAAUGAUGAUAAUAGUGAUAAAUCAAGUACAACUUCAGUUACCAAGAAUACAACAGUUGUUCAAGUUAGGAGUACAAGUACUUAA